CGCCGCCGUCUGCCCGUCUCGCCCGUCGCCCCGCCGGCCGCCGCCUUGCGCCCCGCCGGUCUCGCCCCAGCGGCCAACGGCCAGCGCGCGGCCGCCCGGCGCUCGUCGCCCCGGGACCCGCGCGCGCCGCACCGCGUUCGUGCAGGAGCCAGGCUCCGGCCGCCUGCCGCGCGCCCACGCCGCGCAGGGGCACAGCGCACGCGCAGAGCAGGGAGCCAGCCAGAGGCGGCAACGCGACGGCCUACGGAGCGCAGCGACCACCGACCGGCGACCAGGCAACGGGCAUCGUCCUCAAACCAAGCCAGUGAAGUGAACCAAGGGUUUAAAGGCGCAUGAUGUCUUCAGAGGAGCUGAGGACAAGCUUUUCAGAUUUGGUGGUGAGUUCGCCAACCCGGACAGAGGGCCAAACUAAUUCUUCUGGCGAUUCGUCAUCCGAGGGGGGCCUCCAAGUCACUUGUUUCACGGAGGACCUUCAUGAUGUCACGCUUCAUUUUCAGAUAGUGAGGUUCUCUAAACAGAUCUAUGUGUGGGUUGGAUGCAACACAGCAAAAUUUGGCCAUCUGUAUGCUGCUGCAACCACUAGGCCUGAUAACAGAGUGAGUGUCACCUCUGUACUUGGAGGAACAUCUGAUAACACCGGAUCAGGGAUGGCCCGCCGUCUAGUGCUGAAGACUGGUCUGAACAUAGUCCUGGCAUGCAACAUCCCAAAAGAUAGCCCCAUGCUCGAGGCUGCUGCGGAGAGGAAGCUGGUGGAGAAGCUGAAAGGUUUGGGCUACGAGAUGAGACCCAUAGCUGGGGAGGCUAAUACUUCCACUGCGCAGUGAUAUGUGGUGUGAAUUGUGAUCUGGUGAAUUGUGAUAUGUGGUGUGAAUUGUGAUCUGGCUUCGGUCAAAGGUGUAGUUUCACCAUUAGAUGCAGGAGAGAAACUUGUGAUUGUUGCUGGGCUCAAUUGACUGGGUAUCUGUACAAUGUGGCAAAAGUGUUCUGAAUUAUAGUGCCUUCCAGGCCUCUUGCACAAGCGACAGCCUGCCAUUGAUGUGGAUGCUCUGAAACUGGAAUCGGCCGAACAAGUUGAGUUGUAACUAGAAUGCAAAUCGAUCGAUGCCCUUCAACAUUGAA